AUGGUGACUGUAGUGAAACCGAACGGUUCUCUUAGGAUCUGCUUGGAUCCAUCCGAUUUGAACAAAUGUAUCAAAAGGCCACACUAUCCAUUGAAAACAAUAGAAGAUGUAGUCACAAGAAUUCCAAAUGCCAAAGUAUUCUCGAAGCUUGACUGUGUAUCUUCAUUUUGGCAAGUUGAGCUAGAUGAAGAAAGUUCGAAAUUAUGCACCUUCAACUCGUGCUUUGGAAAAUUUCGAUUUUUGAGAAUGCCAUUCGGAAUAAAAUCAGCCAGUGAGGUAUUUCAAAACGUGAUUUCUGAAAUUCUGGAUGAUAUAGAUGGCGUUGAAGUCAUUAUGGAUGACAUAUUAGUCACAGGCACAAAUACAGAAGAACAUGAUCAAAGACUAAAGGAAGUUUUGCAAAGAUUAGAAGAUAAUAAUCUUAAGCUUAGCAAGGACAAAUGUGACAUAAGGAAAAGCUCUGUGUCAUAUGUUGGACAUGACAAGUGA